GAAAUGCUUCAGAGAAGAGGAAAAAAAACGUAACAUCGACGAAGACCGGCGAAAAUGGCGAAACCGUUGGGAACAACCGGUGAAUUUUUCCGGCGAAGGGAUGAGUGGAGGAAGCAUCCGAUGCUAUCGAAUCAGAUGAGACACGCACUUCCAGGUCUUGGGAUCGGUGUUGGUGCCUUCUGCGUUUACCUCGUCGGUGAGCAGAUCUAUAGCAAACUCAUGGCUCCUUCUUCUCAAUCAUCGCACCAGAAACAACCCGCUCCCUCUCACUGAGAGAACGAUUAGAUUGAUCCAAUGAUGAAACUGUGGCAGAUAAAGAGCUGAGAGAUUUCACAAUUUGCCGUUUUUUCUUGGAUUGUCUCAAUAAGCUGUGAAUGAAAGACAAAAAGACUCUCUGAUCUCUCUGUUGAAUGUUAUAAUCUUGUAUGACAGUUUCCAUUGUGGUUUUGUAAUGUGUUCGUUUUUAUUCUUAAUAAGAGUUCUUCCAAGAUGACAUUGAACAAUAAAGAUAGCAUCUUAUGCU